CAGCGAGUAUGGAGGGUUAGCGGAUCACGGGAGUAUACUGAAAACAAUGCCACGGAAGAGAGGCACUCAACACUACCCAGGGGGAAAGGCCCCCUCCUCCUUGUUUAUACUGAAGGAGGAUAACAUCAUCAGAAGAUACACAAGGUUUAUUAUCGAGUGGCCUCCUUUCGAGUACGCUGUCCUCCUAACAAUCAUCGCCAACUGUAUAGUCCUAGCUUUGGAAGAACACCUUCCGCACCGAGACAGGACACCUUUAGCUCAGAAAUUAGAGAACACAGAGCCAUAUUUUCUAGGUAUUUUCUGCGUAGAAAGUCUCUUGAAGAUUCUAGCGUUAGGGUUUAUACUACAUAAAGGAUCAUACCUUCGUAAUAUUUGGAACAUCAUGGACUUUAUCGUGGUAGUCACGGGAUUCAUUACUUCCUACGCGUCUGAUAAGUUAGAAGUCGACUUGAGAACACUGAGGGCUAUAAGGGUACUCAGACCUCUGAAGCUCGUAUCUGGUAUACCAAGUCUUCAGGUAGUCUUAAAAUCUAUUAUAAAAGCAAUGGCACCUCUACUUCAAAUCGGUCUUUUGGUGCUGUUUGCCAUCGUCAUUUUUGCAAUUAUUGGCCUUGAAUUUUACAAUGGUGUUUUUCAUAAAACAUGCUACAGUUUAGAAGAAAAUGGGGAAAUUGUUCCUGAGGGCGAGCAGGAAGUCCCUUGUUACAAAACGCUAGACCCUGAGAGCGCUCCUUUUGGAGCCCACACGUGUGAUCUUCAGUUAGCGACCUGCAAGGAGGAAUGGAAGGGUCCUAACUUUGGUAUCAGCAACUUUGAUAACAUAUUUUUUGCCAUGCUAACAGUGUUCCAGUGUAUCACACAAGAAGGCUGGACCUCAAUGUUAUACUGGACUAAUGACGCAUUAGGAAGCACAUUCAACUGGAUUUACUUCGUUCCUUUGAUCAUAAUCGGAUCAUUUUUUAUGCUCAACUUAGUUCUGGGGGUCCUCAGUGGGGAAUUCGCUAAAGAGAGAGAAAGGGUCGAAAAUCGACAAGCUUUUUUAAAACUCAGACGUCGACAACAACUGGAGAGAGAAUUAAAUGGUUAUGUUGAAUGGAUAUGUCGAGCAGAGGAAGUGAUACUAGCAGAAGAAAGGACUACCGAAGAAGAGAAAUUACAUAUAAUUGAAGCCAGGGGGAGAGCAGCAGCUAAGCGGAAGAAACUAAAAACUAUGCAGAGUAAAAGUACAGAGCAAGAAGAGAAGGAGACUGAUGAGGAUGUCCCUACAAAGAUGAGUAAAUUAAAAGGUUUUGUUGGAGCUUCCCAGUUAAAGGCAAAAAUCACCAAUAAAGGCGCGUGCAAGUCGUUUUGGCGGGCAGAAAAAAGGCUUAGAUUUUUCAUCCGCCAUCUUGUGAAGACUCAGGUAUUUUACUGGUUUGUUAUUGUGUUAGUGUUUUUGAACACCGUCUGCGUCGCCAUAGAACAUUACAACCAGCCAAAAUGGCUGACGAAUUUUUUAUAUUGGGCUGAAUUUGUUUUCUUGGGACUCUUUAUAUUCGAAAUGUUUAUGAAGAUGUACGCUUUAGGCCCCCGCAUUUAUUUCGAGUCAUCCUUCAAUAAGUUCGACUGUGUAGUCAUAGCAGGGAGCAUAUUUGAGGUUGUGUGGUCCAGUAUUCGGGAAGGGUCCUUUGGAUUUUCAGUUCUCAGAGCGUUGAGGUUACUGAGGAUAUUCAAAGUCACAAAGUACUGGUCAUCUCUUCGAAAUUUAGUGAUUUCCCUCCUCAGUAGCAUGCGGUCCAUCAUCAGCCUUCUCUUCUUGCUCUUCCUUUUCAUCCUCAUCUUCGCUCUCCUAGGAAUGCAACUAUUCGGUGGAGCCUUCAACUUCCAUGAUGGAACUCCUCCUGCGAAUUUCAAUACAUUUCCUAUUGCUUUGCUCACCGUGUUUCAGAUCCUGACGGGGGAAGACUGGAACGAGGUCAUGUACCGGGGGAUCGAAUCCCAAGGGGGAAUCCAUGGAGGCAUGGUCUAUAGCCUGUAUUUUAUUAUCCUAGUUUUGUUCGGAAAUUACACUCUACUCAAUGUAUUUCUUGCCAUUGCUGUCGACAAUCUGGCUAAUGCACAAGAACUCACAGCCGCAGAGGAAGAGGAAGCGGAAGAGGACAAGGAGCGAAUAAAAGAGGAACUAGAAAAAGAAAUGGCGGACUUCCAUACCAAUAACUCCGGAUUAGGCCCUCCUCAAGUGAAUAUCUACCCUCCUUCACCGCAAAACAACUCGGAUACUAAAUCACGAAAAUUUAACUAUGUUAGUGAACAAGGAAACUCAUUGAACUGGAAGGAAGCUGAAGAGAAACAGGUGGAAAUGGAGAAGAAGUCGUUGAGUGAACACGAAGAAAUGAAUGAGAACAUCCGUAUCUCCGAAGAUGAAGAAGAGGACAAUGCCCCCGUUCAAGGAGAAGAGGUAAAAAAUGACGAAAUUACAGGACCCAAGCCCAUGUUACCAUACUCAUCCAUGUUUUUUCUAUCACCUACAAAUCUCAUUCGCCGCACCGCCCACUAUAUCGUUAAUCUUCGUUAUUUCGACCUCUUCAUCAUGAUCGUCAUCUCACUGAGCAGCAUUGCCUUAGCGGCAGAAGAUCCAGUUGUGGAGGACUCGGAGAAGAACCGGAUCCUCAACUACUUUGAUUACGCCUUCACUGGAGUUUUCACUAUGGAAAUGAUGUUAAAGGUAAUAGAUCAAGGUAUAGUUUUUCAUCCGGGUUCUUACUGUCGAGAUCCGUGGAACAUAUUGGACGCCAUUGUUGUAGUAUGUGCUCUUGUCGCCUUUGCCUAUGCAGGGAGCAGCACGGGACAAAAUCUAAGCACUAUCAAAUCCAUGAGGGUUCUUCGAGUUCUGAGACCGCUAAAAACCAUCAAACGUGUACCAAAGUUAAAGGCGGUGUUUGACUGUGUGGUGACGUCACUGAAAAAUGUGUUCAACAUUCUUAUCGUAUACAUCCUCUUCCAAUUCAUCUUCGCUGUGAUAGCUGUGCAGCUCUUCAACGGGAGGUUUUUCUUCUGCAAUGAUGAAUCAAAACUCACGAGAUCGGAAUGCGAAGGCGAAUAUUUUGUAUUUGCUCAAAACGGUAAGCCACCAGAAGUUCAUAAACGGGAAUGGGAGAAACGACCGUUUCACUAUGAUGACGUCAUGUCCGCCAUGUUAACCCUUUUCACAGUUUCCACAGGAGAGGGUUGGCCUGCAGUCUUACAAAAUUCUAUGGAUGCAACAUAUGAAGACUAUGGGCCUCUUCCAAGAUUUAGAAUUGAGAUGGCAAUUUUUUACGUGGUCUUUUUCAUCGUUUUUCCCUUCUUUUUUGUAAACAUUUUCGUAGCCUUAAUAAUCAUCACAUUUCAGGAACAGGGGGAAAAAGAGUUAGAAAAAGGAGAUCUUGACAAAAAUCAAAAAUCUUGUAUUGACUUUGCAUUGCAAGCCAAACCUCUUCAGCGUUAUAUGCCUAAAAACAAAGACAGUGUGAAAUACAAAAUUUGGAAAAUUGUCGUUUCAACGGGCUUCGAAUACUUCAUAAUGGUUCUCAUCGUUCUCAACACGUUACUACUAAUGAUGAAGUUUUACAAUCAAAGCAAGUUAAUGGUGCUUUCUCUACACUACAUGAAUGCUGUCUUCACUGCUUUCUUUACUGUUGAAUGCUUAUUGAAGCUGGCUGCAUUUGGAAUCAGGCAUUAA